GUUAAUGGCGGUAGAGAGAGUGCUGCCGUAGAGCUGAUCGUAGUUCUUGUUUGGAGUCCCGAUUUUCUCCGAAACAAUGGGAUUUGACAACGGAGAAUCGGAAGACGAAGUCGGAGCCCCUGCUAUUAGGGCUCUCGGGCCUCUCUUCAAGUUGACCGAAGUAUUUCUAUGGGAUGACGAAACAGAAGCAGCCAGACGAGCGGAGCGCAGUUUAGCUCCUGAUGCCGAUGAUACCCAUAACGAAGAUUUAGGUGAAAAAGUUUGUUCUACAAUCAGUGGUAUUAGCUUAUUACCGGAGGAUACAGAACUUACUCAACAGAUGAAUGCUUUGGGGCUUCCUCUUUCGUUCCACACCAACAAAGAGAAGAGAAAUGGAAUCACCACUGGUAAAAGAAGAGCUACCAUCAAACAUUCUAGGAUCCAACAAGGACUUUUAGACAAAGAAAUGGAGUUUCCCAGAGUGAGCAGCGGAGAGGAGAUUGUAGCUAACCUUAAUUUCAACGAUGAUGCAAUAGGUUCUCUAUGUUGCGCAUCUAUGGUGGACCAAAGUGAAGCGUCUGAUUGUCAUGUCUUCCUUGAUGGAGAUAUUUUACCUAAUUCAACUGGACUUAUCAGUAGUACCGUUGAAGAACAAUCUCACAAUCUUAUGAUUGAUAGUUUGUUGAAUAAUGGGGAAGACCAUGAAUCAAGUCCAGGCAAUGCUGUGUUGGGGAAUCAUUCAAUAGUUACAUCGAGUUCAAUAAGUUUAGAUAAAGUUCAUUCUCCAAAAAGGUAUAUGAUAGGUAUUGAUGUCAGCCAUAGCGAGGCGCUUGAACCACCUAUGGAGUUAGAAGGUUCUUCCAUGACUCUACAAGAUACUGAAGUGCAGAAGAUCAACAUUGAUAGUGGCAUUGGACUGCCAUUAGUAGCCGAAUCAUCUCUCCUUCAUAUGGAAGCAGGCUAUGAUGAAAAUGACCAUGUUGUUGGAUGUAUUCAUGAAUUUGGAGAAUGGAUGGUGUAUUGGGAUUCUUUUUAUAUGAGAAAUUACUUCUAUAAUAUAAAGUCACAUGAAUCAACUUGGAACCCUCCUGCAGGGUUGGAACAUUUUGCACUUUCUGAUGCCGAUUGCACAGCAAAUGAGUCAAUUGCUGAAGUUGCUGAAAUGGAUGUAGUGGAAGAUGUAAAAUCACAAGAUAUUUGUAGUGUGCUUGGUGAGACACUUUCGGAGGGCUCUAGUAUUUUAAUUGAGAGCCCCGAAACUAGUGGAUUCAUCAAUACUUCAACCAACAGUCACAAGCAUUCUGAUGAUCCUCAUGAUUGCCAGACCAGUUGCAGAAAUACCAGGAAAGAUAUUGGAUGCAGUUGUGAAGGUCAUGUCAAGCAACUAUGUCGUGAGCACUGCAGCAAUGAUUUCCAGCUCACUUUUGCAAAUGGAGCUCUUGAACAAAAAACCUUCAGCCUUGGCAAACCUAGUAACAUCGACUCACCAGAGAUAGAUAUUGUUACUAGAGAUGAUUACGAUGAUGAUGAAGGCACAAUGAGUAUAUAUACUAGCAGUGUUUCUCAUAUGAUUCAGCAGGCAGAUCAAAGGGACAGUGGCAUGGAUUUUGGAAAUGGACGUACCAUAUGUACACUGGGCGCUGAGAAAAAUCUUGCUGGAAUAAGUAGGAAAAAGAAAAUGAAAAGGAUACGCAGGCGUAGGCAAUUAUCCGAGAGAAAUGAAGAAUUUCAAUCUCUAGCAAUUACUGAAGAGUAUCCCACAAGUAUUGCUAAAUAUUGGUGUCAGAGGUAUCAACUAUUCUCCAGAUUUGAUGAUGGUGUAAAAAUGGACGAAGAAGGAUGGUUUUCUGUAACUCCAGAGCCUAUUGCUCAGCAUCAUGCAUUACGUUGUGGUUGCAAUCUGAUAGUUGAUUCUUUCACUGGGGUUGGUGGAAAUGCCAUCCAGUUUUCCCAGAGGGCCAAACAUGUUAUCGCAAUUGAUAUUGAUCCAAGAAAGAUUAGAUAUGCACAUCACAAUGCUUCCAUCUAUGGUGUUGAAGAUCAAAUAGAUUUCAUAAAGGGGGACUUCUUCCGUUUAGCCCCAAGUCUCAAGGCCGACGUUAUAUUCUUAUCACCUCCUUGGGGAGGUCCUGAUUAUACCAAAGUAGAUACUUAUGACCUUAAGACCAUGCUUAAACCACAUGAUGGGUAUUUUCUCUUCAACAUUGCUAAGAAAAUUGCUCCCUUUGUUGUCAUGUUUCUUCCAAGGAAUGUUAACGUUGACCAACUAGCAGAGCUGUCUCUUUCUUCAGAUCCUCCAUGGUCACUUGAGGUCGAGAAAAACUUUUUAAAUGGCAAGUUGAAGGCAAUAACUGCUUACUUUAGCAAUGGAUCUACGAACGAACCCAAUGGCAUCUAAUAGUACCAUAUUCUCUUUUUAAGAGAUCCUCCAGCAAUUGUGGUGGAUAGAAGGUACAGCGCGAAGCAGGUUCUUAAAUUAUCGGCUUGGCAAAACAAUUUGGACAACAUGGAGAGGAGGAAUAGUUCCCUGUACACUAAACUCAGCCCCUUAUAAUUGAAGGGGGCACUCCCUCAUGGGUCAACUUUUCAAUUGGCCCAUUGUACGAAGAUGGAAUCAUUAUAAGCUACAGUUAGGUAGGGACUGUUGCUACAAAGUUGUUUCCAGUGAAAUUGAAAGAUAUAUGAUUAUGGCUCACAUGCAACCGACCAUCGGAUUAGAACUUGGAAGACGAAGAAGAAAUGGUAUUCCUGUUUACAGAAUGUAUACUCAAAUGGAGCGUAUUCCUAUUAAUGUAUAUGCAGACGAAGCGACUGCACAAUCAGUUGUUAUUUUAACUUGACAAGAGGUUGUUAUUUUAACUUGACAAGAGGCUAGAGGUUCAAACUUCUGACUUUUAGGAAAGUAAGUUAUGCAUCGACUUUUGUUUCAAGUAACAAUCAUUUGUGUCCAUUAGUCUUACUCUUAUUAGUCUUUACAUGUAAUAUGAAUUAAUAUUUCUGAAAUAGAUGUAUAAAAAGUUGAUGUUAUUCUUUCAAAAUGUCAUAGAAACAUC